UCUAGACAACGCAGGCUGGGUUCUACCGGAGCCACCAUGGCGGAAGGUCCUGUGGCAGAGCUGCUUUUGCGGCGGCUGAAGGCGGCUGAUGGCGGCCUGGAUAGCGCGGAGCUGGCCACCCAGCUGGGCGUGGAGCACCAGGCGGUGGUGGGCGCAGUGAAGAGCCUGCAGGCUCUCGGCGAGGUCAUUGAGGCUGAGCUUCGUUCCACCAAGUGCUGGGAGCUGACCACUGAGGGUGAAGAGAUUGCCCGGGAGGGCAGCCAUGAGGCCCGUGUGUUUCGCAGCAUCCCCCUGGGGGGCCUGGCACAGAGUGAGCUCAUGCGAUUGCCCAGCGGCAAAGUAGGCUUCAGCAAGGCCAUGUCCAACAAGUGGAUCCGCGUGGACAAGAGCGCAGCCGAUGGGCCCCAGGUGUUCCGAGUGGUGGACAGUGUGGAGGAUGUGGUGCAGAAGCGAUUGCAGCUGGUUCAGGCAGGCCAGGCUGAGAAGCUGGCAGAGAAGGAAAAGAGUGAGCUCAGGAAGAGGAAGCUGCUGACUGAAGUGACCCUGAAAACCUAUUGGGUGAGUAAGGGCAGCGCCUUUAGCACCAGUGUGUCCAAGCAGGAAGCAGAGCUGAGUGCAGAGAUGAUCUCCAGUGGCUCCUGGCGGGACCGGCCCUUCAAGCCCUACAACUUCUCUGCUCGUGGUGUACUUCUGGACUGCGGCCACCUACACCCCUUACUCAAGGUCCGCUCCCAGUUCCGGCAGAUCUUCCUGGAGAUGGGGUUCACUGAGAUGCCUACUGACAACUUCAUCGAGAGCUCCUUCUGGAACUUUGACGCGCUCUUCCAGCCCCAGCAGCAUCCAGCACGUGACCAGCAUGACACCUUCUUUCUAAGGGAUCCAGCUGAAGCCCUUCAGCUCCCAAUGGACUAUGUCCAGCGGGUGAAACGGACCCAUUCCCAGGGCGGCUACGGCUCACAGGGCUACAAGUACACCUGGAAGCUGGAUGAAGCCCGGAAAAACCUGCUUCGCACACAUACCACAGCAGCCAGCGCCCGUGCCCUCUACCGCCUAGCCCAGAAGAAGCCCUUCACACCAGCCAAGUACUUCUCCAUUGACCGUGUGUUCCGGAACGAGACACUAGAUGCCACGCACCUGGCUGAGUUCCACCAGAUAGAGGGUGUGGUAGCUGACCAUGGGCUCACACUGGGCCAUCUCAUGGGUGUCCUGAGGGAGUUCUUCACCAAGCUGGGAAUCACACAGCUGCGAUUCAAGCCAGCCUACAACCCCUAUACAGAGCCCAGCAUGGAAGUGUUCAGCUAUCACCAAGGUCUGAAGAAGUGGGUGGAAGUAGGUAACUCUGGGGUCUUCCGUCCUGAGAUGCUCCUGCCCAUGGGGCUCCCCGAGAAUGUGUCUGUCAUUGCCUGGGGUCUCUCCCUGGAGCGCCCAACAAUGAUCAAAUACAGUAUCAACAACAUCCGGGAGCUGGUGGGCCACAAGGUGAACCUGCAGAUGGUAUAUGACAGUCCUGUGUGCCGCCUGGACACUGAACCCAGAUCUCUGCAAACACAGCAGGCUGCGUGACAGAGGAUGCCUGGGAGAGCCUACCCUAUCCAACCCUGUGUAUCCACCAGCAGUGACCCCAUUGUAUUUAUGAGGCCUCUGUGAGGCCAGCCCACUCCUGCCCCACCCAUCCCUGGGGCAGGGUGCUGGGGACAGAGGGCAGAUUCCCUCUGCUGGCCUUUUGUGGUCCAUGUGCCGGGGGGGGGGGGCUGGGGGCCCUACAGGUCAGCUUCUGUUUAAUAAAGUGGGCAUUUGCCCCUUCCUGGUA